GGUAAUUUGACAACUGCGGUUUACCAUGAUUUCGGCGCCCUGUCGUGUUUUUAAACUGCAUAAUGCGGCGUUCCAUUCGUGCGCUUUUGUUGUGCACGGUGUUUGCCGUCUUUUCGGGUUUGUACGUUUAUACUAAGCUGUUUUAUUCAGAUGUGCCGGCCGGAAGAACCGGAACGAAGAGGAUUUUUAUAUCACCGAAAGUUCCUGUAACAAGACGAGGGGCCGCGGACAAAACUGAGCCCCGAAGCAAACACUGGUACAAUAGGUACAUCAUACAGCAUCAGGGUCGUGUGGACGGUGCGAGAGACAGUGGACAAAGCAGACCUGAACCUCUCAUGCAUUUGGCCGUGGUGGCCUGUGGACCAAGGCUGGAUGAGACCGUGACCAUGAUCAAGUCCGCCGUGAUUUUCAGCAUCAAAUGCCUCUACCUGCAUAUCUUCGCUGAAGACCAGCUACAUGCUAGCUUCAUGGAAGCUUUGGAGCUGUGGCCGAACUUUGUUCGCUCCCGGUUCAACUACACCGUCUACUCCAUCAGCUUCCCCAGCGAGAAUUCUGCAGAGUGGAAGAAACUCUUCAAGCCCUGUGCAUCUCAGAGACUCUUCUUACCCAUGAUCCUGAAGGAUGUAGACUCGAUCAUCUACGUUGACUCUGACAUCCUCUUCCUGCAGCCUGUAGACCAGCUGUGGGAGUUCCUGUCAAAGUUCAAUUCCUCGCAGCUGGCAGCUAUGGCCCCGGAGCACGAGGAGCCUCGAAUCGCCUGGUACAACCGCUUUGCUCGCCACCCGUUCGUCGGCAAGACAGGCAUCAACUCAGGGGUGAUGGUCAUGAACAUGACGAGGCUGAGGAACGCAUUCUUUAAGAAUGACAUGACAUCAGCUGGGUUACGGUGGGAGGAGCUACUGAUGCCUCUGCUUCAGAAAUAUAAACUCAAUAUAACUUGGGGAGACCAGGACCUUCUCAACAUAAUAUUCCACCAUAAUCCUGAGUAUAUGCUGGAAUUCCCAUGCCAGUGGAAUUACCGACCAGACCAUUGCAUUUAUGGAAGUAACUGCGCUUCAGCUGAAGAAAACGGCAUCUGCGUCCUCCAUGGCAACAGAGGAGUUUACCAUGACCACAAACAGCCGGCCUUCAGAGCCGUCUAUGAGGCCAUACGGAAGUACACGUUUGGCGCCAACCCACUGACGUCUUUGUUGGCCCCUAUGGAAGAGGAACUGAUGAAGACGACACAUACGUACUGUGGUAAAGCCCAUGCAGUGUUCACCAAGAGACUGGUACGUAGCCUGACAAAUGUCAACAGGAUGUCCUCCCAGGGAUGACAACAUGACAAUGGAGACCAGAAGG